GAACUAAAGGCAGAUACGGCCGUCAAUAUCAAAUCCGAUACAAGCAGAUCAAAAUUGGUAAACCAGCUAUUAAUUCCUAAGCAGAAGUUUAUUUCUUGCUUGAUUGACAUGGGAAAGGCCCUCGAUUGAUAACGAUGUGAAAGAGCUUGGAAACUAACAUCUAUCGCCCAUAAUCAAUCACCUGGGCUCUUAAGACGUCCUGAAGCCUCGCAACCAUGGGGACUAUAGACGUCGUCUACAUAUUCGACGAGCAUAACACCCUUCUCCUCUCUCACCACUACCAUGGAUCCCCUCCAUCCGCGAAGGUUCUGUUGAACACCUACCUCUCCCACUCCUCACCCCGCCCCUCCGUCCUCUAUGUCCCAAGCACCCACCCACCAUGCAUCCUCUGCUCCAUGGUUCAAGACCGUCUCCUAUUUCUCACUCCUCUCUCUCAUGAUAUGGACCCGCUCAUAGCGCUCGAGUUCCUUCACCGCGUGGCCGACGCGCUGGAGGAGUUCCUGGGCUCCCCGCUACUAGCUAGUCGGAUUGAGACGCAGUAUGAUGUCGUCGCGCAGUUGCUGGGUGAGAUGUGUGAUGCGGGUAUAAUGAGCGUCACGGAGCCCAACGCGUUACGGGACCUGGUGGAUGUGGGUGUGGGGUUGAUGGGCAAAUUUCUCGGAGGCGUUGGAUUACCUAGGUAUAUCCCAUCAUCCCUUGAGCCACAGAACAAUUUAUCAAAGAUGGGAUUAUUGACCCUUUUCGAAUUCAGCGCUUCACCAUCACUAUCAUCAGCACCCGGUUCCAGCCUAUCCUUCAAACCCCCCGGCUCCGACACCAACCAACUCGCCAUCCCCUGGCGCCGCGCCAACGUCCGCCACACCAGCAACGAGCUCUACGUUGACAUUGUCGAGUCCGUCACCGCUAUCCUCGCCCCCUCCGGUCGCCCGCUCGCCGCCCGCGCCCACGGCACUAUAGUCUUCACCGCCAAGGUCUCCGGCGUCCCCGACCUGAUCCUGCAGCUCACCACGCCCGGCGGCCGGAUGAACGUCGCGCAUACCAUGCAGCUCCCGGUGUUCCAUCCGUGUGUGCGGCUCGCAAGAUGGAAGGAGCAUCCCGGGGAGCUAAGCUUCGUACCGCCGGAUGGGAGGUUCGUGUUAGCGGGGUAUGAGGUGGAUUUGCUUGGAGCGGACUAUCUGACGCGGGCGAUGCAUGAUCCGAAUUAUAGGUCGGACUUGCAUUUACCGGUGUCUAUUGAAUUGAACAAGUCGCUCGGACCGGACGCGUUGGAUUUUGAGGUCAAGAUGUCGCUGGACCUGAGCUUCGUGAAGGUCUCGUCCUCGUCGAGUACUGGGUUGGGGGCCGGCCUUGGUCGGGCAAAGAGCGCCGGCUUGAGACCGAGUACCGCGACCAGUGGGACGUCUGCACAGCCGACGUUGGAGGAGAUCGUUGUGAGCGUGCCGAUUCCGAGUGGGGUGAGGAAUUUCAGCGAGAUGAAGGCGAGUCGCGGGGAGGCGACGUAUGCGCCUGGGGACGGGACGCUGGAGUGGCGAAUAUACGGCAAGGAGGCGUCAAUGCUGAUGAAUGGCGUGCAUAGUGUCUCCGGUGGCGUGGUUGCGACACUGAGGUGUUCGGUGGUUGGACAGCCUAAUGUCGGGGAGGUCGAGGAGCCGUUUGCGCCGCCGAAGGAGAAGUGGGACUAUGAUGAGGGCGGUGAUGAUGCCUACCAAGCGGAGGCAGGGAGUGGGAAGAGCACGGGGAAGAAAUCACCGAGCGAUGAGAAGCUCUCAAGGAUAGCCGCGAAGAACGCAGAGCUGAUGCCAUCGUCGGCAUCAGUCAGCUUCCAGGUCAAGGGAUGGUUGCCCAGUGGAAUCAAGGUGGAGAAGCUUGCCAUCGAUAUGCCGAAGAGUAAAGGCAUAGGCGCUGGCGUACAACCAUACAAGGGCGUGAAGUAUCUAGCUGUAAGCAAGGGCGGUGUUGAGAUUAGAUGUUGAGUCAAUGAAAUGCUGCUGAGUU